AUGAAAAGAAAGUUCAAUCAACCAAAGACAAAUUUACCAAUUGUCUCAGAACAUAGUUCCAGUGUUUCGAAUGGGACAGAAAUCACCACUUUAGUAACUUCUGAAACACAUGUUGUUACAGGGUCCAUAGAUGGUUGUAUUAAAAUCUAUUCAAUCAAUCAAGAUAUUAAUACUACAAUUGAAUGUGUUAAAUCAUACGAUACUGUCUAUUCAAAUAAACCUGUGAAACAAUUAUUACUUAAUGGAACCAAAUUGGCAAGUCUAGCGGAAAAUGACAAUGGUUUAAAAAUAUUUGAUCUAAAUACUUUAGAUAUGAUUCAAACUGUUGAAUUACCAUUCAUACCUAAUGUUUCCUCAAGUACUUCCAAUUCAUGGUAUACUGAUGAUAAAAUAUUAAUUUCUAGUAAUGAAAAUGAAUUAUAUUGUGUUGCAUUAGAAGAAGAUGAUGAUGAUUCAUUUACUAAAUUGAAAAAUCCACACAAAUUUCCAAUUAUAUCAAUGAGUUUUAAUUCAGAGUUUAAAUGUUUUAUAACGAUUGAUGAAAAAGGGUUAAUUGAAGUAUGGGAUCCCCAAACUUUUGAAAUUCCAACCACAGUACAGUUCAAGAUGAAAUCACUGACAGAUUUGUUUUAUUUUAGGAAAAAUAAGUUAAUAGUUGAUUGGGUUGCAUUGUCAUCUAGUGGUGAAAUGUUUGCAUGUGGAUAUGAUAGAGGAAUAAAAGUAUAUUCUAUGAAAACAGGAAAAAUUAUCCAUUCAAUAGAUUGUGAAAGAGUCUCAAGUUCAGAAAUCUUUUUUGAUAAAAAUCUGGUUGUUUAUUCUACAACUAAAGGUAUUCAAGUGGAUGAUCUAAACCGAGAUGAGACUGAAGUUAUUGGAUCCGAUGAUAAAGUUCUAUUCAAUAACUUUGGUGUGCUUAAAAAUACUCAAAUAGAUAUUAUUACCACUGAAAUGAUAACUUCAGAUAAUGCACUUAUAAAUUCUAAACUAAAUUCCAAACCCAUUUUGGUGGCAUCAGCUGUAAAUGCAGAAAAGAUAUAUAUAUUCAACGACUCUUCAUCAUCAACUACAACAUCCACACCACCAGUGAAAAAAGCCACCAAUUAUACUAAAGUCACACUUAAUACAACCAAAGGAGAUAUCAAAAUUGAGUUAUAUUCGAAACUUACUCCGAAAACAGUGGAAAAUUUCAUCACUUUGUGUAAGAGAUCAUAUUAUAAUAAUUUGAUUUUCCAUCGUGUUAUUCCUGAAUUUAUGAUUCAAACAGGUGAUCCAAAAGGUGAUGGAACCGGUGGUGAAUCGUGUUGGGGUGGAUACUUUGAAGAUGAAUUUACUCCAGAAUUGAGUCAUGAGAAAUACAUGGUUAGUAUGGCUAAUGCUGGACCAAACACCAAUGGAUCUCAAUUUUUCAUCACUACAGAAGAUGCUAAUUUUUUGGAUAAUAAACAUACUGUUUUUGGGAAAGUUAUUUCUGGUAUUGAUGUUAUUCAAAGUAUUGAAAAUGUAGAAACUGAUGAGGAUGAUAAACCAUUAGACAGGAUAGUUAUUUUAUCUACAACUUUAGAACGAUAA